CGGCCGGUUUCAGACGCGCUUUUUCUCCGCCGCUUCCUCCCUGGAACGAAAAGUUUAGUGUAAUCUUUCGAACUGUUGUGUUGUGUGCUGUUCUUCGUCAAGUGCGUUUCACCAGAAUCGUCUCGCUAGUGGAAGCGGAAAACAGGAGAUACAGAAAACAUACAUUUUUUGACUGGGACCUUUUCCCGGACGGAAAAAAGAAACAGUGAGGAUAAAAAAACGGUGAAACAACGCUCCAAGGUGUGAGAAGACGGCGGUCAACCGGGCAAGAGAAGAAAGCUCCAGUUGGCGAAAAGUGUCGUCCCAUUCACUGGGCGAACAAGUGCUCAAAGCUUGGUUCGCCGUGCAAAAGUGAUUGUAGCUGCAGUUGAACGACUGGAAGAAGAUAAGCCGGAUCGGAUAACGUCCCAUUCCCGUUUCCUGGUGGAGUCAAGAAGAGCAGUGAGCAACCAUGCGGAUAGUGUCGCUUUGGACCCUGGUGACAUUGUCGUCGCUUUGUUCGGCCGCCGACAUCCUAAUGAUCACGAUGGGUGGCACAAAGUCGCACAAGAUUCCAUUCUGGGAGCUGGCCAAAGGCCUGAUACCGAGGGGUCACAACAUCACGUUUCUGAGUGGCUUUCCGGCGGAUUUCUCCUACAAUGGGCUGCAAGAGGUUACACCAUCCGGGCUGGUCGAAUUCAUCCGGAACUACACCAAUUGGGAUCUGCUGGGCGCUCGAAUGCGGGGUGAUCUUCCCCUGUCCCUGUGGGACGUCUUUCGCUACUCGUGGCAGGCUUGCGACGCCACUCUGGAAGACAAGGAAACUAUGGACCUACUGGGCCGUAAAUUCGACUUACUCAUUUUGGAUGGAGCUUACCCGGAGUGUGCGUUGAGUUUGGCCUAUAGAUUAGGGGCGCCUUACAUGUACAUCAACACCGUGGGCUUCUACACCGGAACGAUGGCACUGGCAGGUAAUCCGGGACCGUAUUCGGUUACUCCGGUGUUCUAUCGACCGUUGACUGACGAUAUGGACUUCUUCGAGCGGCUCAUGAACAGCAUAUUCCAUUUGACGAUACAACCGGUUUACAUGUCCAGCAUAAUGCUGCUGCAAGCGAUCGUCCGGCGUCACCUUGGCGCGGACAUUCCACACGUGUGGGAUCUCUCGCGGAACGUCAGCUUCAUUCUGCAGAACGGCCAUGCCACCGUGACCUAUCCUCGACCUUUGCUGCCGAACAUCGCCGAGAUCGCGUGCAUCCACUGUAAACCGGCUGGACCGCUGCCGAAGGAUCUGGAGGACUUCAUCGCCGGAGCCGGUGAGUCCGGUUUCAUCUACGUGUCGAUGGGAUCUUCGGUCAAGGCCGCCAACAUGCCGGAUCAUCUGAGGAAAUUGCUGAUCCAAACCUUCUCCCGGUUGCCGUACCGAGUGCUUUGGAAAUACGAGGCCAGUUCUUCCAUGCUGACUGACCUGCCACCAAACGUGAAACUCGGUCGUUGGUUACCCCAGCAGGACAUUCUGGGUCACCGGAAGCUACGAGCUUUCGUGACGCACGGUGGACUGCUCAGCAUGUUCGAAACCGUGUACCACGGAGUUCCGGUCGUGACGAUGCCGGUCUUCUGCGAUCACGAUGCCAAUGCUGCCAAGGCGGAAACCGAUGGCUAUGCGCUCCAGCUGGAUCUGGAGACGUUGACCACGGAGAAGCUGGUGCGGGGGAUUCACCGCGUGAUACACGAUCCCAAGUUCCGCAAUGAGGCCAAACGACGACAGAUGCUGCUGAAAGACACACGGACGACUCCUCUGGAGACGGCGAUCUACUGGACCGAGUACGUUCUGCGGCAUAACGGAGCCUAUCAUCUGCAGACGCCGGCCAGGAAUCUCUCCUUCUUCGCCUACUACGGUUUGGAUGUGAUUUGUUUCUUCCUGGCCGCUGCCUAUCUCCUUCGACUGAUGGUGCGACGAGUGCUGAAGCCCCAAAUCAUUCAACUUACUAAGGAGAAGAUUCACUAGCACCCCGAAAAUGGACGACCUCCCAGGAAAAAACAGAGAAGUGGAAAAAUCGCGCAAACGCUUACACCAAAAUAUCAGUCGGCAAUGUAAAUGUGACCCACAGACAGUGAGAUGAUGUAGGACAGUGAAAAAUCGUUCCAACAAAAGAAAAAAAAAUACAAAAAGAUUUCUCCCCCACGUAACUCCUAACGAUUGUCAAAUCCAACAUUUGGCAGACCAAAUCCUCAAGAUAAACGAUUCCACGAACGAUGAUCUGCUCACCCUCAGUGCAAAUACAAAUUAAACAACAGGUAAACGAUAAAAAAAUUCCAACCGAAACAUUUUGAUAUUGCCAAACCCCGGAUUCGCGAAUCAAAAUGCUACAGCGCCACAGUGGGGCGAAAUCCGACACACAAUCGCAUUUAUUUCGUGUCACCAGAUUCAAAAGGUGUAAGCAGACUUUUUUAUGUCAAAAACUGGGGAAUCGGAUGGCGCAAUUAUUAUCCAUCGUAUGCCACUACAAGUGCGCCAUUUACCAUGUUCUCUCCUUUUUGUAAGAAAAUUUGAGUUAUUCCCGAUAUAAAAUACAAAUCUCGAU